GACUAAUUUCAGUGCUGCUUCUCACAUGCAUUGACUACAGAACAUUUUCCUGGCCCCUCCAUUGUCAUCGGCCUUCCAUCCUGCCCUUUCCAUCCCGGCGUAUUACAACAUCAUGCCUCCAGUCCACCUUCAAAUCGAAGACGACGACCCUCCCUCGUUCUACCUUACAGUCCACUCUAUCGUCGACCCUGCCAUUCAACCUGCUUCCUCUACCUCUGCCAGGGAUACAGCCCUUGCCCUGGACUCUCUGUACCUCGAGUACACGCGCGCACAUGUGGACCGUGACGCAGAAGGCUUUCUCUGGGCGUUUUGGGAUCUUAUGAACGUUUUCGCGCGGCAGGUUCCUCACGACAGCAAACAACAAGAUGCCCUAAUAGCGAUCAUCCAUGAGCUGGUUCGGUUACCGCCUAAGCCGCUCAAAUUAGACAACGGAGGUGAGUAUCAGCAAUGGGCCGAUCUGGCUUUUUGGGGCACCGCUUUCCCAGAAACUUGGAAAUCCGAACUCGGCCCCUAUUCCGAUGCGCAGAAGAAACAACGCUUCCUCAAUCUACAAGCUUACGCGGCCCGGAUCAUGACCUUCGCGCCCAUCCACAUGGAAUCAAACGCCAUCUGGACACUAGAAGACGCUGUCGAAGGCGCAAUCAUCCCCGUCCGCGGCAGUCCAGACCUUGUCUCCGAGGAUCCGCUCGCUAUCGAGGAUCUUCCGUACAAAGUAGCACUGGCGGCGGUGUGGAUUAUCCAUGCGGGCCAUGUGUUGUAUGGCAGGGACGAGGAGAUCUAUGGUACACAGGGUGGUCCGCUAUACAGGCUGCCGAAGAAGGAGGCGAGAGUCUUAAGAAAGAAGUCAAUAGGCACGCAGGGGCUAUGUAUGGAGCGGUGGCUGCUGUGGAAGAAACAGUUUGGAGUGAUUCGGGAUUGUGAGGACGUUGAUGAUGAGACGAGAGGUAUUGCUGGAAAGGCUGUGGUGGCUAUGGAGAGGGCUGAAAAUGAAGCUACAUAGUACGGGAGUUAAAGCAGUCGCAUUGCCGAACAACCAAUCAAAAAAUCAACCACGUCUUCUGCCAGCGCUUAACUCGACUGCACACUGGUGGCAUAUAGAACAAAAAAGGAAAGCAAAAACAAAAAGAUAUGACAAGAGUGGGAUUCGAACCCACGCCCCUUUCGAGACUAGGAAUAUUCGGGUGAAUAUGUGAGAUCAGGUACCUGACCCUAGCGCCUUAGACCGCUCGGCCAUCUUGCCUUGAUUGGUGAAAG